AUGCUCUGUGACAGUAAUGGAGUACAACUUGACGCCAGGAAAAUCUGGGUCGGACUCAAGAACCAUUAUGUUGACUACUGUGAAAGAUCGCUGACGCGAUCAGAGGAAGCCAUGGCAAAUCUGCAGUACGAUCCCAGGAAGGGAGUCGAGGAACUGUACAACACUAUGACGAGUCUACGUCAUAAGAUUGCAGCGGCAAAUAUAUUUUGGGGUGAGAAAGUGUUUGCAUCAAGGGUGAUGGCAAAACUUGUUUCCAAGAGCAGAGAAUGGCGCUACUUUGAAGGACAUACAGUGCGAUGGACCGACGAAAUGCUAAGCCCCAACAAAUUCCUGUCGGAACUCAUCGAAGAGGAAAUUAAACUCAUCAACAUGGGUGCACUACCGAGGCACGGUGUAGAUGACACCAUAUACGAGGCGAACUAUGCGUCUAGAAAUCAUAGGAACCUACGGAAAGGUUCAACAUCACAUGGGCCAAAUGCACACGGCGCAAAGCAAGGCAACUCUAGUCGGGAUGACUAUUUUGCAGCAAACCAUGAGAUGGAUACUUAUUAUCGUAGAGAGCAGGGACGUCGACCCUAUGAACAAAGAAACGACGAUCAAGACAGAAUGCCCGCAUGCCAUAAUUGUGGUAAUAUAGGCCACUAUGCAAAGGACUGUCGACCAGCUCCAAGGAACGGCAAUUACCGACAAUCGUCACCAAAAUUCUUCUCCAAAGGGCCACGAUCAAACAACCAAGACCGAUCAAGAAAUAAUCAAUCGGCAGACGGAAUGUUUGUAGCAAUGGACAACAAGAAAAGGGACAUUGUAAUUGACGAGGCAUGUAGCUCCAUCGAUAGGAGUGAUAUGUUCAUAUUGGACUCGGAGCCUCCAGCCAUAUGGUAUGCCGACCUGAAUGGGUGUAUGAUUUUGUACCGUGCAGCAACCGACAGGUCAAGGCAUCAGGACAAGACAUGCACAAUGUCAUCGGUACUGGAACAGUGGAAAUCCUGUGCAAUGUAG